AUGUCAUCAACACAUCCUGAUAUCGAUUCCAGAGUCCAGAAAGCACUCGUGGGCACCAAGUUCCAGGUUUCGAAACUGGAGAAGAUCACGGGUGGAUCUGUCAAUUGGAUCUAUAAGGCGGAACUUGUGAGGCCUCUGUACAAUGGAGAGGAGGAGGUUUUGGUCAAACACGGAGAGCCGUAUAUGGCGUCCAAACCAGAGUUUGCACUACCCGCACUCCGUAGUACUAUCGAGAUAGAGAGUCUCAAGAUCUUAUCAGCCGUCUCAUCGUUCGGCAAUCAACCGAAUGACACCCACAAUUUCGUUGUACGAACGCCAAAGUUUUAUCAUUUUGAUCAAGACAGUUCAACUCAGGCAUUGGAGUUCUUGUCUGAUGGUAUUCAUUUGAAGGACUAUGCCAUUCAAAACUAUGGCUCAUCGAUGCCUGAAUCAUUCCAGCCCCAGUGCCAUGAACUCGGCAAGGCACUCGGCAGCUGGUUACGGAUUUUCGUCGCAUGGAGUGCUCAACAAGUCAAACACCGAGAUCUUGUGGCCCAGAACGAGUUUGGUCAAGCUGUUCGGCACAUGUUGAACUACGCAUGGCUUCAUGAGCGGACUAAGGAAUAUCCAGGUAUUCUCAACGAUGUGGAGGAUAUCCUUACGCAAGUUGAGCAGUUGGCCGCAUCAGAGAAGGAAAACACGGACGAGCUGCAGAUUAUCCACGGAGACUUCUGGACCGGAAAUGUUGUUCUCCCCGACGCUGCUAUCAAAGAAGGCACGAAGAUUCCAGUGUUCGUCGUUGACUGGGAAAUGACGCAACUCGGUCUGCCCAGCGUAGAUUUCGGAGAAAUGAUUGCCGAAAUGUACGCGCUAUGGCUAUACAAGUCCAUCGAUGCGGGACUAUAG